AGCGUCGGCCCGGCUCGGCUGCUCGCGGCCUCGCGGCGUCACGUGUUGAGGUUAGGCGCCGGUCUUCGCGUCGCGACGCCGGGCGACGCUGCCGGCGCUCCGCGGACCGCGGACGGUUGCAGUGUGGGUGCUCCACGGUGCCGGCGAGUGGUAGCUGGGGGCGAGCUGCGAGCGGCCGCGGUGACCGCCGAGUCCAUGUUGCACCCGGAAGCCGCACCUCAGCGCCCGGGGUGUUUUGACGGGAAAUAAAGCACGACGAAGAAGAAAGUGUGUUUCUGUGAUUACCAAUAACCAGCGCGCUGGCGAACCAGGACAGGAUUACCCUUAUGAUGCGCCCGGCCCGCCAGGCGCAGCACGCGGUGCGCGACCGGCGGUAGCGUGCUGCUCCGCUCCGUGAUGGUGGCGUCGACGGCGAGGUGCUCCACUCCCGCCGGCCAGGAUGCCGCCGCCCCACCGGGACAGACGACGGCCGGACGACGGCGGCGGUGUUGAGGACCACGCCCUGGACGGCAGGACGACGGACUGACGCCAGGCCAGCAUGUCGUCGGACAGGAGCGCGGACGGCAAGGGGGCCCUGCGGGGCAACCCUAUCCGCGUCGGCUUCUACGACAUCGAGAAGACCAUCGGCAAGGGCAACUUCGCCGUGGUCAAGCUCGCCCGGCACCGCAUCACCAAGACUGAGGUGGCGAUCAAGAUUAUCGACAAGUCGGUGCUCGACGCCAGCAACCUGCAGAAGGUGUACCGGGAGGUGGACAUCAUGAAGCAGCUGGACCACCCCCACAUCAUCAAGCUUUACCAGGUGAUGGAGACGGCCAACAUGAUCUACAUCGUGUCCGAGUACGCCAGCUCCGGCGAGAUUUUCGACUACAUCGCCAAGCACGGACGCAUGACUGAGCACUCGGCGCGGCGCAAGUUCUGGCAGAUCCUGUCCGCCGUCGAGUACUGCCAUUCCAGGAGGAUAGUGCACCGGGAUCUCAAGGCGGAGAACUUGCUGAUGGACACCAACAUGAACAUGAAGAUCGCUGACUUCGGCUUCAGCAACUACUUCACCCCCGGCGAGCAGCUGGCCACGUGGUGCGGCUCGCCGCCCUACGCCGCGCCGGAGGUCUUCGAGGGCAAGAAGUACGCCGGGCCCGAGAUCGACAUUUGGAGUCUGGGCGUGGUGCUGUACGUGCUGGUGUGCGGGGCGCUGCCCUUCGACGGCUCCACGCUACACUCGCUGCGAGACCGCGUGCUGUCGGGCCGCUUCCGCAUCCCCUACUUCAUGAGCGAAGACUGCGAGUCGCUGAUCCGCAAGAUGCUGGUGCUGGACCCGGCGCGGCGCUACACCGUGGAGGACAUCAAGUGCCACCGCUGGAUGCUGGCCGAGCCGCCACACCUGCUGCCCGGCAGCGCGCCCUGCCCCGACUCCCUGGGGAGCCUGCCGCUGCGGCCGGAGCCCAACGAGCAGAUCCUGCGGCUCAUGCAGAGCCUGGGCAUCGACUCGGUCAAGACGAGAGACUCGCUGCUGCGGAACAGCUACGACCACCACGCCGCCAUCUACUUCCUGCUGCUGGAGCGCGUCAAGGCGCACCACCAGGGCCGCUCCUACUCGCUGCAGCAGCAGCACGACCUGGCGGGGUCCGCGUCGCCCGCCUCGGGCGUGGCGUCUCCCAUCCCCAGCCCCGCCAAGCACGCCGUGUCCGAGUCCCUGCAGCGGCGGCGGCCCAGCACCAUCGCGGAGCAGGCCAUGCGCAAGCUAGGCCUGGGCCUCGCCUACCAGACGGGCCAGUCGGGCCAGCAGGGCCACUCGUCGCUGUCGGCGGCCUCGUCGGGCACGUCGGACUUGGGCGGCUCCACGGUCACCGUGCACGGCGGCCACACGGGGUCCUCGGUGCGGCGGGCGUCGGGCUCGGGGUCCGUGGCGACCAUGUCGUCGACGAUCGGCGAGCAGCAGGGCGGCGCGGGACGCCUGCCCUACAGCGCGCAGCCCCUCGUCACCGCCGUGUCCACGGCCUCGGCGGCCGCCUCGGCGGCGCUCUCCGGGCUGCCGCACGACUUCCGCGACUACACGCCCUACCCCAACCCCGCCUCCACGACGCCCAGCAGCGGCAGCAGCGCCUUCGGACUGUCCGCCACCACCACGUCGGUCGUGUCGGCCAACGCCACGGACUCGCCCUCCUUCACCCUGAGCCAGGGGCUGGGCAGCAACAACGUCUUCACUAGCGGCCGCAUCGCCACGGCCGCCCUCCACCACCCACCGCCAUUCCGGGAGCAGGCGCAGCACAGCCAGACGCUGCAGCUUCUCCAGCAACAACAACAACAGCAGCAACAACAGCAGCAGUUCACCUCUGUGGGCUCCACGGAGGUGAUGCCCGAGUACCUGCAGAGCACGCGGUACGGCUCGGCCUCCAUCACGCCGCAGUGCUCCACGUCGACGGACGAGGGCGUGGAGACGGACAUGGAGGACGCGGGCCCGCACUCGCACCACCACCGUCUGUCCUCGUACGCGUCCUCGUCGUCGUCCUCGGGCGUGGGAGGCGUGGGGACAAGCAACGGCGCCAACAAGAGCCUCAGCCAGCACCUCAGCUCCGACUCGUCCUGUUCCGAGUUCCUGUUCGAGAGCCUGGACUACCAGCUGGACCCGGAGCUGGCCGCCAGCCUGCCGUCGUGCACAUCCCCGCCGUCGUCCAACGCCACGCUGCGCACUGAGCACGCCGCCAUGCCGGCCAGCACGAGCGCCAUCCACACCCACGCGUCGUACGGAGGCAACACCGUGACCUCGGGCUCGGGAGGCAUGGCGUCCACGCGGCCGCUGUUCCGGCACAGCCCGCUGCUGCACCACCAGCACGGCGGCAUGGGGUUGACGUCUCGCGCCCUCACCAGGUCGCCGGUGGACUUCCGCGAGGGCCGGCGCGCGUCCGACGGGUUGGUGGCUCAGCAGGCGGCGGGCGGCGCCGUGGAGCGGGCCGUGUACGGCGCGGGGCUCGGCACCUGCGUCGGCGCCGGGCUGGGCCUCGGGCUGGGCGUGGGCGCGCUCGGCGUCACCACCAACCAGGGCCUCGUGGCCUUCAACAGCCAGCGCCUGCACGAGGCGGGCAAGGCCAAGGGCGUCAUGGAGCUGCACCUGGUGCAACAGGAGCACGCCGCGCUGCAGAACCUCUACCAGCGCGCCGUGCCUCAAGAGGAGCUCCAGCAGCAGCAACAGCAGCACACGCAGUACCAGGACCGGAGCUCGCACCACAGCCCCCACGGCCAGCACUGCCUGGGCCAGCACCCCAUGCCAAAGAGGAUCUCCCUGCCGGAGAACUUUAACUUCUCCAGCCUGGACGGCGACCAACAGUCCCAGUCGCAGCCGGCGCUGACCCAGGAGCAGGCCCUGCACCAGCUGCAGCAAGUGCAGCAGCAGCUUCAGCAGGCGCAGCAACAGCUGCAGGCCCAGCAGCAGCAGCUGCAGGCACAGCUGGACAACAGCGCGCCGCUCAACGGCAACUGCAACAACAACGCGUCGGGCAACUCCAGCAACUCGGGCAGCGCGUCGCCGUCGCCGUCGUCGUCGCCGUGCCCGCCGCAGGCCGGCAAGCUCAACAACAUGGGCGCGCCGCUGCAGCAGCAACUCCUGCAGCACCGCCUGCUGCAGCACAAGCGCCAGAUCCUGCAGAAGCAGCAGUCGGCGGGCGACGCGGCGGCCGCGGCGGGGCAAGGCGGCGCCGGCUCCGCGGCCAACGCGAUGCACCUCACGCGGCGGCAGAUGCUGCGCCAGGCCUCCUACAAGCUGGCCCAGCAGGCGCCCCUGGCGCUGCCGCCGCUGCCGCCCGCUCUGGCCGACCCCUCCUGCUUCCCGACCAUCGCCGAGGACGCCCAGAGCCCCACGGAGGUCUCUCAGCACCCCUGGCCCGGCGGCUGCGGUCGCAUGCUGCCCAACGUGCCGCCCCAGGUGUACGGCCAGCACAUGCAGCAGCAGCAGCAACAGCUCGGCCUUCAGCAGCAACAGCAGCAGCCGGCACAGCAACAGCAGCAGCAGGAGACGGGGGAGCAGUGCUGGAACUCGCUGCCGCACACGCUGGCCGCCGCGUGCCACAUCAGCGACUGCGGCACCCCUUGGCAGCAGCAGGGGCAGCCCCUGUACUCGUGGAGUGCGAGCCAGCAGUCGGGCUGGCCCACCAUGCCCAGCAUGGCCACCAUGGCCGUUCAGGGGCUGCAGCACGUGCCGGCCUCGCUGCAGAGCUUGCAGGGCCUCCAGGCCGCCAUGCAGCCCUCCAUGCAGUCCCUGAACGAGGUGCCGCUCCUGGAGCUGACGGAGCAGGACGCCAUCUGAGAGUACGAGGGGGCGGCCGCCCAUUACGCGGGCCCGCCCCCUCCCAGCAGCGGCAACCAGCACAGCCACCAGCACAGCCACCAGCAC